UAUCACCGUCGAUUGUGUCUUCAGUCGUGCCUCCGGUUACCACAUCGCGUCUGCAUUCUACGCACAUUUAUCUAUUUCGUUCAAGGGCACUUUCAGCUUUCCGACCCCAGGGAACAGAACUUUUCAGGUGAUUAGAGCAAAGCAAAGCGAAAGACCUCAGUAACACGUUCACUGGUGACUCGAAUGACAGUACUGUGAAUAAAUCCAUUAGCGUCUUCAGCAUUGUCUCCACGCAUUAUUUUGAGUUUUCACGUUUAUUUGUAUUUUAGCUUUAAACCGAAACAUCUCUUGUUCUGUUCCCUCUCACUCUUUUCAGAAAAAGAGAAGCAAAUGGGGAAGAAUAAAUAGAUUGUUUGCAUGAAGAAGUGACAACAUUCGUAAAUAUCAAGUCGAAGAUAAUUAAAUUCGUGAUAUUCAAGCAAAACAUAAUGCUUAUUUAGACUUGAGGAUCGAGUACACGAUAAUAAAGAAACUUUCCUGGUGGUUAUACAAAUACUCGUGCACCGAUGGUUUUGCACAUUUAGUGAUACUUCUUUUUUGUCAGUAGACUGUUAUCGCGUGAGUGAAGACGAGUGUAGUUUAUGCGCAAAAUUUGAAAGGAGGGGUUUGAAUAAUAGGAGAAAAAGUAAACACAGAGAAAAGUGUCUGGUGAUCUUUUGGAUUGGACUGAGGUUUUUUGGAACUGAAAAUGGCAAAAGGUGUGGUGACUGUGACGGAAGAAAAACAGAGAAUUGAUGAGGAAGAUAGGCUGAAGAAGACAGCCAGAUGGAGAGAUUUGUUGGCAUUCUGGCUGCUAGGAUUGUGUAAUAAUUAUGGAUACGUUGUUAUGCUGAGUGCUGCUCAUGAUAUUCUCACAAAAGGUUUUUCCGAGGAUCAAGCUGAUCAAAAUUUCGAUGAAAAUGUGCAUAAUAACACAAGCGGAGAACACAUUAGAAUAUGCAAUCCUAUUUCUACGGGAGCGAUACUUUUGGCUGAUAUUUUACCAUGUCUGGCUGUGAAACUGGUAUUUCCAUUUAUACCAUUUUACGUACAUGCACGAGUGGCUAGCUGUAUAUUAUUUUCAGCUGCAGGACUGUUGCUAGUGGCACUGGGGAAUUCAAGCUUACUUCUGAUUUUGGGCGUUGUUUUAACUUCAAUUUCCUCGGGAGUAGGGGAAACUACAUUACUGAGUUACAGCAAUAGAUUUAACAAGCAUGUCAUUUCUACUUGGUCAUCUGGAACCGGAGGAGCAGGAAUAUUUGGUGCAAUUUCGUAUGCUGGUUUGAAAAUAUGGUUGAGCACAAGAGAUACGCUUUUAUUGAUGCUUAUUGUACCUGUAUUAGAAGCCAUCGCGUUUUGGUUUAUUUUAGUUCAUCCAACUCAACCUAUGAUGCCAUUCCGAAGUGAAAUUGGAAGUCAGGAACAAAUGAUUAAAGUUCCGGAACAAACAUUCUCUGAAAAGAUGAAGUUACUUCCUACACUCAUGAAAUUCAUGAUUCCUCUAGGCUUAGUUUACUUCUUCGAAUACUUUAUUAACCAAGGCCUGCUUGAACUAAUCCAAUUUGAAAAAAUUUGGUUACCACAUGAUGCUCAGUAUCGCUGGCUUCAAGUCGACUAUCAAAUCGGAGUCUUCAUAUCAAGGUCCUCCGCAGUAUUUUUCACUAUUGACAAAAUUUGGAUUAUGUCAGUAUUACAAUUCAUAAAUGUCAUAAUACUACUUUGCGAAACAUUAUUUUACUACGUUCCCAACAUCUGGAUAAUUUUUGCACUGGUUUUGUGGGAAGGACUUCUUGGUGGUGGAGCCUAUGUUAAUACAUUCUACAGAAUGGUAAAAGAGCUUCCAUCAGGAGAUCGUGAGGCCUCUAUGGGAAUAGCAUCCCUGGCAGAUUCCAUAGGAAUUGCUCUUGCUGGUUGGGCUGCUAUGCCAGUACACAAUGUCAUCUGCAAACUUCCACCACCAAUUAGGAGCUGAUUCGACUAACAUAAUUUAUUUAUUUAUUUAUUGUUAUCAGUCAUACGAUAGUAUAUAAAUAAUAUUAUUUCUGGUACCAAAAGAAGUAACAUGUUAUAUGAUGGUCAUAUAUUUUGUUACAAAAAUCACAACUAUUACCUAAUUGUAAGUAAAAAUGAAAAUUAUAUAAUUGUCAUGUAACAGUUCCCUUAGUGACAUCAAAAGCGGGAACAGUACUUAUUUCACUUUCAUCGAAGGCUUUAUAAAAGUUUAAACUAAUUCAACUCAUAUGAGAUCGCUGGUUGUGUAUGGAAUCUGAGAUAUUAAGAUUAGGAAAUCGAUGAAAGGACUAGAUUUAGAUUACAUUUUUGCGCACUUAAUGUAAGAAGCUAAUUUCAUUGUAGCAAACAUUAUUUACAAUCAGGCGACACAUAAUUUCAGAAUUCCUCAUUAAUCUAUUUUGACAUGUAAUUAUUAGAUUUUUAAAAAGUCCAAUGUUUGUAAAUAUAAUAGCAUUUUCGAGAAUCAGUGUUUCCUUUUGUAAAAAUUACCAAAGAUAAAAAAAUAUCAAACAAUGUUUAUUAUAAGAAAUUUCAUUACUAUAUUUUAAUAAAAAACCAAAAUUGAUGUAAAUAUUUUUUCUUCUCUGACAGGCUGGAAACUUCAUGUGGAGAAAAUUGCUGUUUAAUUUUGAUGGUUUCUUAUAAAGAUAGUAAUUUAAAACGCCGAAUACUAAGGAAAGUU